CUAGUGUAUUUUCAAACUUUCAUUGGGCGACUGCUAAGAAUAUUUUGCGACUUUCGAUCAUAGAUGGAGCGACUUGAAUCAAAACUUUCUGGCAAGCCUGACUGUAUAUGUAUAUGACUUCGUUCUCAAUCCAUCAAAACAAUAAUUGAAUUCUCUUAUUGGAUUUAUUUUCGAUAUAAUUUAAAUUAUAAUUAUUAAAUACUUAUGGGUAACUAUAUAGUAUCUAACCUAGUUUAAAAUAAUAUUAUGUGCGUAAUCUUAAUCGGUGUAGUACGUAGAGUAGCUAAACAAACAAAUUUUCAAGCAAUGGCCAAACGUCAAUCUAGUGAUUUAACAAAAUUUAAAGAAUCUUUAAAAACAGCGAAAGAAAUUGUUAUUUUAUCGGGAGCUGGGAUAAGUGCUGAGUCAGGAAUCCCAACCUUUAGAGGCGCAGGUGGAUAUUGGAGGAAAUAUCAGGCAUCGGCUUUAGCAACGCCAGAAGCAUUCCGUAGCAGCCCUAGCCUUGUUUGGGAAUUUUACCAUUAUAGACGAGAAGUAGCAAAACAAGCUCAACCAAAUGCUGGUCACCUAGCAAUAGCUAAUUUUGAAAAGAUUUAUGGUGAGGAGAAGAAAAUAACAGUUAUAACACAAAAUGUUGAUGGCCUUCAUGCAAGAGCAGGGACAAAGAAUUUAAUUGAGCUCCAUGGUAACUUGUUCAAAACCCGCUGCAUUAAAUGCAAAGAAGUUUUAGUCAAUACUGACAGCCCCAUUUGCGAGGCACUAGCCAAUCGUGGUGCUCCAGAUGCUAAUGUAGUUGGAUCAGAUAUUCCAAUCAAAUCUUUGCCUCACUGUAAAAAAACAAAUUGCAAUGGCCUGUUACGACCACAUAUAGUUUGGUUUGGUGAAAGUUUAGAAUCUGCUGUAUUAGAGAAAGCUGGUGAAGUAAUGGCCAGCUGUGACAUAUGUCUUGUAGUAGGAACCUCCUCAGUAGUGUACCCUGCUGCAAUGUUUGCACCCCAAGCUGCACAAAGGGGCUCAAUUGUUGCAGAAUUUAACAUAGAACCUACUCCCGCUACGCCCGAUUUCCAUUAUUAUUUUGAAGGGCCUUGUGGAGCAACACUACCUACAGCUUUAUCGCUUUGAUUUUAUUUUAUUUUUAGUUUUGAAGAAUAAAAUGUACAACUAGUAUGUCGAAGAGAUGUGUGGUGUGGGUGUAGGUCUUCCUCCAUACUCGGAACGUGGUGAAGUCAGAUGAUAUCUCAGCACAACAUUUCUGUAUGCCACGCUAACGAGAAGUGUGUCGCAUCGCUCGCCCUACUCUAAUGGCUGAUAAUUGACAACUGACAUUAUCUGAAUACAACACAACAAGUCAAACACUUGACGUUCCGUAUUCAUACUCUGCGACAUAUAUAUAUUAUGAUGAAUUUAGGUAAUUAACGAGUUAAUGAAACACAUUAAAAAUAAAAAUAUAAAAUAUUAUAUUGUUUAUCACAGUUUUUUAGGGUUUUCAACUUAAAAAGUGUACAAUAAACUAUUAUUAUUGAA